AUGUCUUUCAACCUUGUUGGGAACCUUAUGUUGUCAAGAGAUCUCUUGGACAUGCAGUCUGUGGCAGGGCACGAGUUUUUCGAAGCCAUGAACAUGUUCAUGCAAUGGGCUGGGAAACCUAAUGUGGCAGAUUUUUUCCCCUUCUUGAAAUGGCUCGACCCACUAGGGAUCAAGAGGAAUAUGAUCCGCUAUAUGGGAGGAUGCAUGAAGGUUGUCGCUGGAUUUGUUGGUGAGAGGGUUCAUGAGAAGGAAUCAAGAAGAGAGAAG